AUGUCGAAUCUCGAGCCGGCGGCUCCGCAGACGCUGGUACGGCGGCCGUCGAGGAGUGCAGCCAUGACAACGUUCUCGACGGAGGUGUUUGACGAUGAUGUCGUAGUGCCGUCGUCACUCGCCUCCAUCGCGCCCAUCCUACGUGUCGCCAAUGAAAUCGAAAGCGAGCGCCCUAGGGUUGCUUAUCUAUGUCGAUUCUAUGCGUUUGAGAAGGCACACAGGUUGGAUCAGAGCUCCAGCGGGCGUGGUGUGAGGCAGUUUAAGACGCUGUUACUUCAACGUUUGGAGAGGGACAAUGCGACAAGUCUUGCCUCCCGAGUUAAGAAGACAGAUGCAAGGGAAAUCCAGGCCUAUUAUCAACAAUACUAUGAGCACUAUGUUAGAGCUCUUGACCAAGGAGAACAAGCUGACAGAGCACAGCUUGGUAAAGCAUACCAAACUGCAGGGGUACUCUUUGAAGUGCUUUGUGCAGUUAACAAGACUGAGAAAGUUGAAGAAGUUGCUCCUGAGAUUAUUGCAGCAGCUAGAGAUGUCCAAGAAAAGACGGAGAUUUAUGCCCCUUUCAACAUUCUUCCAUUGGAUUCUGCUGGGGCUUCUCAGCAAAUUAUGCAGCUGGAAGAGAUUAAGGCAGCAGUUUCUGCUCUGUGGAACACCCGGGGGUUGAACUGGCCAAGUACGUUCGAGCAACACAGGCAGAGAAGUGGGGAUUUGGACUUGCUUGAUUGGCUUAGAGCCAUGUUUGGCUUCCAGAAGGACAAUGUCAGGAACCAAAGAGAGCACUUGAUUCUGCUUCUUGCUAACUCUCAUAUAAGGCUCAAUCCAAAACCUGAGCCUCUCAACAAGUUGGAUGACCGGGCUGUUGACGAAAAGAUGAAUGAACUCUUUAAGAAUUACAAGAAUUGGUGCAAGUUUUUAGGAAGAAAACAUAGUUUACGACUCCCCCAGCAAGGUCAGCAAGAGAUACAGCAGAGAAAGCUGCUAUAUAUGGGGUUAUAUCUUCUCAUAUGGGGUGAAGCUUCCAAUCUUCGUUUCAUGCCAGAGUGCCUAUGCUAUAUAUUUCACAAUAUGGCCUAUGAACUUAACGGUCUAUUGGCCGGAAAUGUUAGCAUUGUCACUGGUGAAAAUAUCAAACCUUCCUAUGGUGGUGAGGAUGAGUCAUUCCUUCGCAAAGUUGUAACUCCCAUAUACCGAGUUAUUGAAAAUGAAGCACAGCGGGGUAAAAAUGGAACUGCACCCCACUCAUCAUGGUGCAACUAUGAUGAUCUAAAUGAGUAUUUCUGGUCACCUGAUUGUUUUUCGCUUGGAUGGCCCAUGCGUGAUGAUGGUGAUUUUUUCAAGUCCACAUUUGUGUCACAGGGAAGACACGGUGCUCGUAAGAAAGCUGGGAAAACGGGCAAAUCAAAUUUUGUUGAGAGCCGUUCAUUCUGGCACAUCUUUCGCAGUUUUGAUCGUCUCUGGACAUUCUAUAUAAUGGCGUUGCAGGUUAUGAUUAUUAUUUCGUGGAACAAUACUCAAUUGAACGAACUCUUUCAAAAACCACUCUUAUUCAAACUCUCUAGUAUAUUCAUCACAGCAGCCAUACUACGCUUACUACAAGGUAUCUUGGACUUGGUUCUGAACUUUCCUGGGUAUCAUCGUUGGAGAUUCACUAAUGUACUACGGCUUUUACUGAAAAUAAUUGUUAGCAUACUUUGGGUCAUAGUUCUUCCACUGUUGUAUAUUGGUUCCUUCGAGAAUAAUAAUAAUGUCCCAGAGUUUAUCACGAAGAUACUUUCGUUCUUGGGUGAUACAAAGGGCCUUCCACAAUUGUAUUUAUUGGCAGUUGCAGUGUACUUGCUUCCCAAUGCAUUGACAGUAUUUCUCUUCUUCUUCCCAAUGCUCAGGCGUUGGAUUGAAAACUCAGACUGGCGUAUUGUAAGAUUCUUCAUGUGGUGGGCUCAGCCAAGAAUCUAUGUUGGAAGAGGAAUGCAUGAGAGUCAAUUUUCUCUCUUUAGGUACACAUUCUUUUGGCUGCUUCUUUUGGCUUCCAAAGUGGCAUUUAGCUAUUUCAUCCAGAUUAAACCUCUAGUGGAGCCAACUAAGGAGAUAAUGAGGAUUCGCCAUGUUGAUUAUGCUUGGCAUGAGUUUUUCCCUAAUGAAAAUCAAUUAAGAAGAUAAAUCAUUAUUCUCAUUAUUCACGUCAUGGCAACAUCUCAGUUCACAUUUAUGAAUAUACAGGUCUAUUUCAUGGACACUCAAAUUUGGUAUGCCAUUUUCUCAACUUUGUCUGGUGGUGUUGUUGGAGCCUUUGAUCGUUUAGGAGAGAUUCGAACUUUGACCAUGCUAAGAUCACGGUUUCAGUCAUUGCCCGGCGCAUUUAACGCAUUCUUGGUCCCUACUGACAAAAACCAGAAGAGGAGAUUCUCUUUGUCAAAGCGUUUUGCUGAGGUUACUCCCAGUAGAAGGGUUGAAGCUGCUAAAUUUGCUCAAUUAUGGAAUGAAAUUAUCUGUAGUUUCCGUGAGGAAGAUAUCAUAAGUGAUAGGCAAGCCCUUAGAACCAAACUCUAGCUAUUUGCAAAAUCACUUAUUGGGGUCUAACCUCUCAGUUCACAUCACUGCAGGGAGAUGGAUCUUUUGAUGGUUCCUUACUCAUUAGACCCUAGCUUGAAAAUAAUUCAAUGGCCACCAUUUUUGCUUGCAAGCAAGAUUGCUGUAGCACUAGAUAUGGCAGCUCAAUUUCAUGGAAAGGACUCUGAUCUUUGGAAGCGCAUUUGUCAUGAUGAAUAUAUGAAAUGUGCUGUCAUUGAAUGCUAUGAAGCUUUUAAGAAUGUUCUAAAUACUUUGGUGGUUGGUGACCUUGAGAAAAGGACAAUCUCCGUGAUCUUCAAGGAAGUUGAGAACAGCAUCUCCAAGAAUACCCUUCUUACAAAUUUCCGAAUGGCAUUUUUGCCCAACCUUUGUAAGAAAUUUGUUGAGCUUGUUGAAAUUUUGAAAGAUGCAGAUCCUUCGAAGCGAGGAACAGUGGUAGUCUUAUUGCAAGAUAUUUUAGAAGUAUUUACCCGUGAUAUGAUGGUGAAUGACAUUAGUGAGUUAGCAGAACUUAAUCAUAGUAGCAAGGACACUGGAAGGCAACUUUUUGCUGGUACUGAUGCAAGACCGGCCGUGUACUUCCCUCCUGUGCUUACAGCACAAUGGGAGGAACAGAUUAGACGCCUGCAUUUACUUUUGACAGUGAAGGAGUCUGCUAUGGAGGUCCCAACAAACCUUGAGGCACGCAGAAGGAUUACAUUCUUCACCAAUUCAUUGUUCAUGGAUAUGCCGCGUGCUCCAAGGGUUCGCAAAAUGCUCUCAUUCAGUGUCAUGACUCCAUACUAUAGUGAAGAGACUGUCUAUUCCAAGAAUGACCUUGAGGUUGAAAAUGAGGAUGGUGUGUCAAUCAUAUAUUACCUGCAAAAGAUCUACCCUGAUGAAUGGAACAACUUCAUGGAGCGACUUGAUUGCAAGAAAGAUAGCGAGGUCUGGGAGAAAGAGGAGAAUGUGUUGCAAUUACGUCACUGGGCCUCGUUAAGAGGACAAACUCUUUGCCGGACAGUUAGGGGAAUGAUGUACUACAGGCGAGCUCUUAAGCUCCAAGCUUUUCUUGAUAUGGCUAAUGAAAGGGAGAUACUGAAUGGCUAUAAGGCUGUUACUGUUCCAUCCGAGGAAGAUAAGAAGAGUAAGAGAUCUCUGUAUGCCAGUAUCGAAGCUGUUGCUGACAUGAAAUUCACAUAUGUCGCCACGUGUCAGAUCUAUGGUAAUCAGAAGCGCAGCGGAGACCGCCGGGCAACAGACAUAUUGAAUUUGAUGGUUAACAAUCCUUCCCUUCGUGUGGCUUAUAUUGAUGAAGUUGAAGAAAGAGAAGCCGGAAAAGUACAGAAGGUUUAUUAUUCUGUGCUAGUCAAAGCUGUGGACAACCAUGACCAGGAAAUAUAUAGAAUAAAAUUGCCAGGUCCACCCAAGAUAGGAGAAGGAAAACCUGAAAAUCAAAAUCAUGCUAUCAUUUUCACUAGAGGGGAAGCUCUUCAGACAAUUGACAUGAACCAGGAUAAUUACUUGGAAGAAGCUUUGAAAAUGCGUAACCUUCUAGAAGAAUUUAAUGAGGAUCAUGGCGUUCGUCGACCUACUAUACUAGGUGUUCGUGAGCAUAUCUUCACUGGCAGUGUUUCUUCCUUGGCUUGGUUUAUGUCAAAUCAAGAAACAAGUUUUGUCACUAUUGGCCAAAGAGUUCUUGCAAGACCCCUAAAGGUUCGGUUCCACUAUGGUCAUCCUGAUGUUUUUGAUAGAAUUUUCCAUAUCACCCGUGGAGGUAUCAGCAAGGCUUCUCGUGUAAUAAAUCUUAGUGAAGACAUUUUUGCUGGAUUCAACUCCACACUAAGGCGUGGAAACAUUACUCAUCAUGAAUACAUCCAAGUUGGAAAGGGUAGAGAUGUUGGUCUCAAUCAAAUCUCACUCUUUGAAGCAAAGGUGGCCUGUGGUAAUGGAGAACAGACACUUAGCAGGGAUGUCUACAGGCUGGGGCAUCGUUUCGACUUUUUCCGCAUGCUAUCAUUCUAUUUCACAUCUAUUGGAUUUUACUUCAGCUCAAUGGUUGUGGCCCUCACUGUUUAUGCAUUCUUGUAUGGCAAACUUUACCUGUCACUGAGUGGACUUGAGGCUGCAAUAGUUAAGUUGGCAAAUAGAAGGGGAGAUGAGGCACUGAGGGCAAUAAUGGCUUCACAAUCCCUUGUUCAAAUAGGGCUAUUAAUGACUUUGCCCAUGAUCAUGGAAAUAGGACUUGAGAGAGGUUUCAGAUCCGCUAUGGGAGAGAUGAUAAUAAUGCAGUUGCAGCUAGCACCCGUUUUCUUCACUUUCUCUCUUGGAACCAAGUUGCACUACUACGGACGCACUCUUCUUCACGGAGGUGCAAAGUACAGAGCAACUGGUCGUGGCUUCGUUGUUCGCCACGAGAAGUUUGCUGAGAAUUACAGGCUGUACUCUAGGAGUCACUUUGUGAAAGGGAUUGAGCUUUUAAUAUUGCUCAUAGUUUACAGGGCUUAUGGUUCGGCAGCAAUUGGUGGAGCUUACGCUUUCCUUUCAUGGUCAAUGUGGUUCUUGGUUUGUUCUUGGCUGUUUGCUCCUUUCCUUUUUAAUCCAUCUGGAUUUGAGUGGCAGAAGAUAGUUGAAGACUGGGAUGACUGGAAGAAAUGGAUAAGUAGCCGAGGUGGCAUUGGUGUUCCUGGAAAUAAAAGCUGGGAAUCAUGGUGGGAUGAGGAACAAGAGCAUUUGCAAUACACUGGGUUCAUGGGAAGGUUUUGGGAGUGUUUCCUAGCCCUGCGUUUCUUUGUCUAUCAAUAUGGCAUUGUGUAUCAGCUCCAUAUAUCAAGAGGCGACAAGAGCAUUGUGGUUUACGGUCUGUCCUGGCUUGUCAUAGUAGCUAUCAUGAUCACCUUGAAGAUUGUGUCCUUGGGAAGCAAGAAGUUUAGCGCAGACUUCCAAUUGAUGUUCCGUCUUCUCAAAUUCUUCCUAUUUGUUGGAACCGUUGUCGCCUUUACCUUAAUGUUUGUCUUGCUAGGUCUCACCGUUACUGACAUAUUUGCCAGCCUCUUAGCCUUUUUUCCAACAGGCUGGGCUCUUGUACAGAUAGCACAAGCAUGCAGGCCUAUUGUGAAGGCCAUAAGAAUGUGGAGUUCUGUCAAAGCUUUAGCAAAAGGCUACGAAUAUCUGAUGGGAGUUAUUAUCUUUGCACCUGUUGCUGUAUUGGCAUGGUUCCCUUUUGUAUCAGAAUUUCAAACUAGGCUUCUAUUCAACCAAGCUUUCAGUAGAGGGCUUCAAAUCCAGCGUAUUUUAUCUGGCGGUAAGAAGAAUAAGUAAAGAAUCAUCCAAACACCUUUGUGGCAAAUUGUUGCUGACAGAAUAUGAGAUAAGAGUACAUGCAAAUUGGGAAAUCAAAACAAAUUUACAUGAUCAAAGAGCACAUGCUGCGGUUAGAUUAUUGUAUUGUAGAAAUGGCCAGUUGAGUCAUGGUUUUUGGAGGGGGAGUUCAGCCAGCAUUUUGUUCAUAAAUUAUUUUAUUGCAAAAGAAUUAUAUCUUGAUUCUAAAGUAUCAUAAAAUUUCAUCUUCAAUUCUUCAUUCUUGUUAUUCUUUUUAAUUUUAGGAAAGGAAGAAUUGAAUGUGAACUUUUGUAUGUACCCUAUUGAUUCUGUACUCUAAUAUUCCUAAUUCUGACUUUUCAGCUUUUAGAGUCAGAAGGGCAAGUUUUAUUUGUGGGGUGUUUGUAACUCAAUGAAAAAUGAGAAUUCUCCAAAAGUUUG